GUUGUCUUCUACCAUCUUUUGGUAGACAAUAUACUACAUGAAUUGUGAGUACGAAGUAUAUAUAUCGAUCUCCAUAGCUACCAAGCCUCUUCCCUAUAAAUUGGAAUCUACCUUAGCUAAUAACAUCUCCUCAAAUAAAUAAACCACAAAUUCAAAACAUGAUGACGACUCUUAACCUUCAUCCUAUCCAAUCUCUUUUCUUCUUCUUGUCCUUUCUUCCCUUAAUCGCCUAUUCGUUAAGACACUUCCCUUCACAGCCAGUAUUGGGCAGCGACGGGAAGGAGCUCAAGCUCGGGCAGCCGUAUUACGUCUUCUCCACCCUCGUCCCCAAGGCACAUGGGCUAUGCCUCGUGGACAACGCCGACUGCCCGGAUGAUGUCAUCGAGUGCCCCUCCUUCUACACUAACCUCAUUGGUCUGCCCAUCACCAUCUCUCCCCUCAGCCCGAGCGAGGACACCAUCGUCCGCGAGGAUACUCCGUACCACAUUAGCUUCCCCUCGGCCGUGAGCCGAAACUGCAGCGAUGAAAACCUCUGGUACAUAAAAGAAGACGAGAUCCCAAACAAGGAAUUCGUGGCAAUAGGCCCCGAGAGUCAAGCGGAGGAAUUUAAGAUCCAGAAAGUUUUGGGCGGGUACAAGAUCUCAUACUGUGUGCUGAUUCCGAUUCCACCCACGCCCGUUUGUUACGGAAUCGGGUUGAUACCGCAGAAUGGGUAUAACCGUUUGGGUAUCGGGCUGGGUGUCAAUCUGACCCAGUUUUACUUUACUAAUAAUGUUACACACCACCAUCACCAGGCUCCAGCCGUUACCGAAGCGGUCAACAACAAGCUACCCAGUAAUCAUCAAGAUAGCUAGCUGAUUAAGCUACAAUUAAUUAAUAACAUAUAAAUAAUAUAUACGUAGUACGGAGUAUUAUAUAUACGUUGAGUUAAUUGUCAAAUUUGUGGCGUGUUUAUUUGAAGGUUGCUUUUUGGAUUUUAAACAUGCAAUAAUAAUUUGUUUAAUUUAUAUUGUUCACCCUUCGCUUUGUACUACUAAACAUGCAUUGUAUCAGUUGGUUUUGUUAUGUUUUUUUUUUGUUUUGGCUUUUGGAACCUUUAUAAUGUAACGACGUACCAUCAUUCACAUUUAAUUUUAUAAAUUUAAAAAAUAGACGACUUCUUA